UGAAAUACAUUUAGAUCAAAACCAUCUAAUGAAACGAUGACUCUUGUCUGCGUAAUCAGAGUCUGCAAUCAACACCAUAAAACUAAUUUAAACCACUUUCUUUGGGUUCAACAUGUACAUGAAAAGAUGAAUACCACGCAAAAUUGAUACUAGAACAAGGUUAUACAAUUCGAAAACAAGAUAACAGUAACACAAAUUCAAGUAACGCGAUGCCUUUGAUUUCGAAUCUAACCACAAACGAAGUCGAUAACAAAUUUAUCGAACAACAAUCACGCCAUCAUCAAACACAAAAACAGCAGCAGUCUUACAGUGCUGCCGUCAAUGCGCUUGAAAGCCAGCUUAAAAUUAAACAACAACUAAAGGAACAGCUUCAGCAGGAGCACCAACUUCAUGAGACAUUACAAAAUCAAGAACAUCAGUUUCCCUGCCGUUGUUAGAUGUUGCUUUGAAUUCUACAUCGGGUGUAAACAGCCAACACAAGGGCACAAAUAAAUCGCAAUUAAAUCUGGCUAGUGAUUCCUUAACUAUGUCAGUAACGGAGUCAAAACAUGCUUAUAAUGGUAGCAUGUCAUCCAUUCGAAGCGAACAACAUCUGUGCCAAUUGUAUAACGCACAAAAGCACUCGGACUAUAUCAUAUCCGACUAUAUGGAUAAGAUAGCAACACGCAUUAGUCUGCUGGAGACGGAAUUGAAAUUUGCUUGGCGUGCUCUAGAUUUAUUGUCGAAUGAGUACGGUAAAAUAUGGACAAGGUUAGAAAAAUUGGAAAAUAUUUCGGCGGAGCAACAGUCGGUUGUGGGCAAUCUUAUGGGAUUGGUCGCGGGGGCAAAUCAAAGCCAACAUAAAACAGACUUGAGUUUGGAUAUGGAUGACGUUGCUUCGCUGGGUAAAUUUUAUCAAUGAAUAAUCUUCCAAUGGAAUCAAAUAUAAAUGCCAGCAUUGGUCUUGGGCGUAUGGAAUUAUUAAAGGUGAAUCAACAGAAUACCGAAAACGAAUUAAACUCCUUGAAUGAGUUAAAUAUGGAAGUUACCAGCGAUAAAUAUGUUGUUAAUAACUAUGCAGACGAGUUGUUUUCGGAUACUGUUACUGAAUAUGAUCUCGAUGGCAGACAUCGCAUUGGCGACAACGAUAACGAUGAAUUUUUUCAUUUAUUUGAAAACCAAGUGCAAAGUCCACAAGAGAUUAGCAUCAACGGUUGUCAGGAACUUGACAUAGAUCCAUGGAUGUCAUAUUCUUUUCCAAGUCCAGUUGGUAUAGUACAGGGAAAUACAACAGAACAAGCGCAAUUAUACUCGAACAACUCUAGUGUUAUGAUGUAUGAGCAGCAGCAAAAAAUGGCAAAUAAUGCGCGUGUGGAGCUUUUAAAGAAAUUCCUUAACGGACAGCGCGUUCUUGAGCAGGUUGAAUCCGUAACUGCUUCAGCUUCUGCUUCUCAAGCCAGCUUAGACCUUAACCUGACCAAUUUAACGGAACCGGAAUUGGAUCAUUCCCAUAUUGUGUCUAAUGAUACAAAAGAUUCAACUAAUAUUAAUGAACUGGAUGAACUCAUUGAAGAGGUUAAGUUUUUCGAUUAACAGCAGUUAAAACUGGUCAAGGUGGGAAUGAAGUAGUGCCAAUUGAAGACACCGGUGGAACAACCAUUAGUCAACUUUCCGAGUCAAAAAUAAUACAACAGCGGAAUAGUGAAAUGACUGAAAACUUUUACAGAAAUCUGAACGAAGAAUAUCGGGAAAACCAUUUAUCUUCGGAAAUAUCAAAUAUGGAGCAACUUUUACAGACAACAAAUAUUCCGAGUGAACACCAUUCUAUGUCACCUUGUUUACGCGGAAAUCGCCUUACAUCUUCUCUAAUGAUGAUCUAUGAGGGUAAUGAAGAUGAAAUGCUCCAAAUAGGUAAAACCGUUCACCAGACUUGACAACCUUCACCUCCACCAUAUCUACUACAACUACAAAUUCUGUGCCGACUUCAGAGAGCAGCCCUUACAAAAGUAAAGAGCUACGAAAGGCUAGGAAAAAAACAUUAUAAAAUGAAAUGGAUAUGAUAAAUAACUUGAAAACAGUUCUAUCUCAAGCAACAAUAGACUCAUCAAAUAGAACCACUACAAUAGAUAGAAAUGUUGAUUGUAAUCAUUUGCCCAAUCUCAAGCCGUUACUUCAGGACGAAGAUGAACUUGUAUCAGAAAAUCUCUAUACUCCAAAAUUCUCCAUAUUAUCUCGCGAUGAUGAUGUAUAUCUUCAUGAUGCAAAUAUUGCAAUAUUAGAUUACAUCACUGACGUGAUGAUACGAGAGAUAAAUAAAAUAAAAGAUCUACAAUCGUUAUCUGGUGAUCAGAUUUUCAAACUGCGCCAGACCAUUCGAGCAGAACAAAUAUUUUUGAGAAGCUCAAUCAAGUUGACAAGAAUUUGACUCUUUUAUUAUUAAAUCCAGUCACUAUGGCAGAGGAGCUUCAACGCCUUCGAAUUGUGGAUAUUGAGAAAAAAUUCGAUUUGGUAAUAAAGAAGUUUACUAAAAACAU